CUUUGGUCAGCUAUGACCUAUGAGCUAACACUUUCCUCUUUGUCUAUAGCUCAUUGUUGAUUGAUUUCUAGUUUUUCUGAUCAAACUUGCAAUUGAAGCGAGACGACUCAGUCAUCAUCCCCGAUCUCACUGUUUUGUAAAGAUAAUAGCAAAGAAUACUCAAACAACUCAUGGGUUCAAGCUCAAAACUUGAAAAACUUGCAUAUGAGGAUAGAAUUAGUAACUUGCCUGACCCAAUUCUCACACACAUCCUCUCUUUUCUUCCUACUAAAUCUGCUGUGGGGACCACUGUAUUAUCAAAGAGAUGGAAGUCCCCUUUUAUGUCCCUCCCUAAUCUUGAUUUUAAUGAUUCUGUUUCGAUUUAUCGCGACAUGUUUGGUUGGGAUUCUAGACAAAAAGUGAGCUUUAUGAACUUUGUGGAUAGAAUUUUGAUGCUUAGAGGAAACGAUUUGAAUCUCGAGAGAUUUAGUUUGAAUUGUGUUGGGAAUUAUCAUCUGACCCGUGUGGAUGAGUGGAUUCGUAUUGUGGUUGGACAUAAUGUGAAAGAGAUCAACCUGACCCUCAAUUUUAGAGAGGUAUAUAAACUGGUGGAAGAUGUUUAUAUGUGUACGAGUAUUGAAGUUUUCCGGCUCAAGUGGAAGAUAUUGGUCGAUGUUCCUGAAAAUGUUAGUUUUUUUAGCCUCAAGUUUCUUCAAUUCACCGGUGUUAAGUUUGCCAGCUAUGAGUCUGUUGAGAAGCUUUUACGGUGUUGUCCUGUGCUUGAAGAUUUAGUUAUUGAGAAUUGCAAAUGGCUUAGUGGCUGUUGUUUAAGUGUUUGUGGAUCUGCAUUGAAGAACUUUUCCUUAGAUUCCUAUUCGUAUCUGGAUACAGAUGUUGAGCUUACAAUUUUGAUUGACACACCUGCUCUAGAGACACUUGAUAUUAGAGAAUUGACAUCAGAAGGUAUUUUCAUCAAGGAGAAUUUGUUUUCCAUCACAACCGCUUCUAUUGACGUGGCACAGAAGGUAGAACGGAGUGUACCGAGCAGUGUGUAUGGCGAUUCCGUGUUUGGGCUUCUUAAAAAGAUUUCUCAUGUCAAGUAUCUGACUUUAUGCCAAAGUACUCUAGGGGCUCUCAGCUACGCAUCUGAUUUUAGUUUCCCCACAUUUCAUGAUUUGAAUCAACUGGAGCUCAUUGUUGAUGCAUGGUCUGGCUGGACUUUAUUGCCAUCCAUACUUGGCAGCGCACCGAACCUUGAAACUCUUGUAUUUCCACAGGGACUUGUUGACAAGUUCUCCUCUCAAAGUCAAUUUUUCCGAUUCUCAUGGAGUCCGCCAGAUCGUGUUCCAGAUUGCUUAUCCUCAAAGCUCAAAAGCAUAGAAAUUAAAAACUUCCAAGGUAUUAAUGAUGAGUUUUCGCUUGUUAAAUACUUGCUAAAGCACGGUAGAGUUUUGGAAAUGAUGUCAAUUGAUUGCUCCCUCUUGGCGGAUGAUGCAAAGAUCCAGAAGAAGCUUUACAAGUUUCGUAGGGCCUCAUCAACUUGCAAGCUUUUCUUAUAAAUGGACAUGGAUACACAAUAAGAGGUACUACUUCUGCUUCGAUCUAUUGUCUUCUAGACUUGUCUUGAAAACUGGAGGCAGUGGAUAGGUCCCAACCAUUACAACAAUGCAAUAUAAGUGGGAAUGGCGGACCCAAGGCCUACUCGUUUGUAAGGAGCAAUCUAUCAUACUUGGAUUACAAGUACAGGAACAAAUAGCUCAAUUUAUAUGUCACGCUAUACUCCUCAACUACUGGAAGGGCCAUUUUUCGGGCUCAAGAAGGAGAGAAUCGCAUCUGGUUGCGCUUACUAUGUCGUCACAGUAUAUGGGAUGCAAGCAAUAUCAAAAUAUCAUCGACAUUUCCGAAUAUGAAUCUCAUAGUUUCAUGUCAGACAAUGGAUUCAACUAAAUGUUAUUUAACAGAUUUUUUGAAAGUU